AUGUUCCAGCUCCCGGUCAACAACCUGGGCAGCUUACGGAAAGCCAGGAGAAAUGUCAAGCGGGUUCUGGGAGACAUCGGCCUGGAGUUUUGUAAAGACCGCAUUGAGGUGAGCAGCACAUAGAGUUUGAACUGUUCUAUUAUCUGUGGAUGAGCAUCAUGCCCUUGACCACACUUCAUCACACUGUUUUUUCAAACAUGAAGAAAUAAUAGCUCAUUCAUGAAUAGCUAAUUAAACAAUCAGUCAUUGUUUCAGCCAUCAACACAGGAGUUCUCAAAUUUCUCAUGUUUAUGAUGUCCAUCACUUUGUCGGUUUGAUGUUAUAAUAAGCCCAGUCCAUAACAAUAAUAACAUUCACAAAGGUUGUGGUCUUUAAAACCCCUCCUAGCAAAUCACCUCUAUCAGACUUUGUUUUUAUUGAUUAUAUAUUAAUUGUGAUCAUGUCAUUCUCUCCCCUUAGGACUACAAAGACUAUGUACCUAAUGAGUUCUACAUCAAGCACACCACCUGGGAUGAUGUGUGUAUAUGGGAUCCUUCACUGACCAAAGCCCAGGUGAGUGGCUCACUGGAACCCACUGUUAAUUGUAUUGUUAUUGUGUCUGCUUAUUUUCAAUAAACAAUGUUUUAUUUACAUUUGAUAAACAUCAACAACUGACUGACCGCUGUCAUCUUAUUUUACCCUUGUCUCCCAGGAAUACAGAUCAAAGCCUUUCUGUUGUUCCGGCUGCCCCUUCUCCUCCAAGUUCUUCUCGGCGUACAAGAGCCACUUCCGCAAUGUCCACAGCGAGGACUUUGAGAGCCGCAUCCUGCUUAACUGCCCCUACUGCACCUACAAUGGGAACAAGAAGACCCUGGAGACGCACAUCAAGCUGUUCCACAUGCCCAACAACGUGGUGCGCCAGGGUCCCGGGGGCAUGCAGGGGGCAAUGGGGGGGCUGAAGGACGGCAUGCAGCUGGGCAAGAGGCCUGGAGAGAGCAUCGAGCAGGCGGUGUACUACUGCAAGAAGUGCACCUACAGGGACCCGCUUUACAACGUGGUGCGCAAGCACAUCUACAGAGAACACUUUCAGCAUGUGGCUGCACCCUACCUGAUUAAGCCUGGGGAAAAGACCACACCUAACGGUGCUGCAGCAGGCGCCACAACGGGCACAGGGAACACAGACAGCAGCAACACCAAUACUAAUACCAAUGUCAAUGCUAACGCCAACAGCAACACCAUCCACUGCAAGCGCUGUCUCUUUGUGCUACGCACCUAUGAGGCACUUGUGCAGCAUGUUAUUGAGGACCACGAGCGCAUUGGUUACCAGGUGACUGCCAUGAUUGGUCACACAAACGUGGUGGUGCCACGGGUCAAGCCUGUCAUCAUGGUAUCCCCCAAGCCGGGGGAAAAGACUGUCAUUGGGGUAGGACCCAAAGGUCAGCUGGUGACCACCACAGUGGGGGGAGUCCGCUCCCUUCCCACCCAGCCGCUCAGCAGGAUCGUCAUCCCAAAGUCAGGCCUGAGCUCAACGGGACUCCUGCCUGGGUCUCACCUGAAGCAGGGGGCUUUUGGGUUAAAGAGCGGGACCACUCAGUCCUUCUCUAUAGGCGGGCAACAGGUGAGAAUCACUCUACCCGGCAACGCACAGGUGUCUGUGCCCCAGCAUUCGCAGGCUGCCAAACAGAACCUCCCUGGUGGCUUGCGGAGCCCCAUAGUGGUGAGUUCCACCUCGUCUACACUCAAGCCCACCCAGCUGAACUCCCGGGUCCAGGCAGCUGCAACUACGGUUGCCUCAGUCACGGCCAAGGGGAAGGGGGGCUCUUCAGUCCUGGGCACGUCCUACACCCAGAAGUGGAAGAUCUGCACCAUCUGCAACGAGCUCUUCCCUGAGAAUGUGUACAGCUCGCACUUUGAGAAGGAGCACAAGGCGGAGAAGGUCCCUGCCGUGGCCAACUACAUCAUGAAGAUACACAACUUUACCAGCAAGUGUCUGUACUGCAACCGCUACCUGCCCAGCGACACACUCCUCAACCACAUGCUGAUCCACGGCCUGUCCUGCCCACACUGCCGCGCCACCUUCAACGAUGUGGAGAAGAUUGUGGCACACAUGCGACAGUCCCACCCGGACGAGACGGUGGGGCCGCGCACUGACUCCCCUCUGACUUUUGACCUCACUUUGCAGCAAGGCAACCCCAAGAACGUCCAGCUGAUUGUCACCACCUACAACAUGAGAGACGCGCCAGAGGAGUCCGUGGCCUUCCAUGCCCAGAGUGCCUCCUCUUCCACACAGACUGGCAAGAGGACCGUGCCCAGCCAACCCCCAAAGAUGCCCUCUGAAUCUGAAGAUGGUUCACCUCCCAAGAGUGCACCUCAGGCGGCUGUGCCGUACAAGAAAGACGUGGGCAAGACUCUGUGCCCGCUGUGCUUCUCCAUCCUCAAGGGCCCCAUCUCUGAUGCACUGGCACACCACUUGAGGGAGAGGCACCAGGUCAUCCAAACAGUGCACCCAGUGGAGAAAAAACUAACCUACAAAUGUAUUCACUGCUUGGGUGUGUACACAAGCAACAUGACCGCCUCCACCAUCACACUGCACCUGGUGCACUGCCGUGGUGUGGGCAAGACCCAGAAUGGGCAAGACAGCAGGCCUGCGCCCUCCCCCAGGGUCUCCCAGGCCCAGGGCACUGCCCUCAAACGGGCCGGCUUUGAGAACUGUGACCCUAACGACCCAAAGCGGCGUAAGCUGUUGCCUGGAGAGCAGGAGGGCCCUGUGGCUUUUGUAGAGAACCCAGACGAUCCUGUCAACCUGGUCCUUGACCCCAAAGGACACGAGGAUGAGUCGUACGAGGCGCGGAAAGCCUUCCUGACGCAGUACUUCAACCGUGAGCCCUACCCAACGCGUAGGGAGGUGGAGAAGCUAGCCGCCAGUCUGUGGUUGUGGAAGUCUGAUAUCUCCAGCCACUUCACCAACCGCAGGAGGAUAUGCACGCGGGACUGUGAGACCCAGAAGGCCAAGGUGUUGCUGGGCUUCAACAUGUGGGAGGUCAGUCGGCUCAGCCACGAACUGACCUUUGACCCUGAGUGCUUGUCUGAGGGCAAAGAAAGUGGAGAGACAGUGGAGAGGCGGACGUCUAGGACGUGCAUAGGGCGGUCUGAGCAGGCCAUCCUGCGCAUAGAGGAGAGAGCUGCGGCUAACGGUGGUGCUACACUCCAGCAGGGUACGCCAGCAGGGUCUGACAGUGGGGCCAGUGCCACCACCGUUGGUGGUGCCAAGAGCGACCAAAACAAGACAAUCGGAAGCACCUUAAAACAGAGAGGGCCUCAGUAUCUCUCAGAACCCAUCGCUAUUGACUCAGACAGCGAUAAGGAUGAAAUGCAAGAUGAUGACGAGGAGGAGGAUGAAACGGGAGUAGUAGAACUGAAUUCCACGGGUAAUGACAGGCUGGCUGCAGGGAGAGAGGGAGAGGUGGUAGGGACAGGAGCCCACUCCAGCUCAGACCUAGAGGAUAUGGAGGAUGGGUCAGAGGAGGAAGAGGAGGAAGAAGAGGGUCAUGUAGAGAAUGGAUAUGGCUCCUCGGCGUUACCGGAGAGACCGGUUAAGGGGAAGGAAGCUAUUGCCAAACUGGGACAAUCAGAAAGUGGAAAAACAAGUGCCCAACUCGGCAAGCAGCAGGUCUGA